CAUCUAAUUUUACCACAUGGUUCAACUUCAGGCAACAUGGUGGACUCAUAAGAGGAACACUGCAGAAACAGAAGUGGAGAGAAGAAAUCAGUUUGAAUUUAGACAGGUUAAGUCAGAAGUCUGCAUUAUUCAGAGUUUCCCUAUGUGGAGCCCCAGCAAGUUCUCUAGAUAACUAAGAAAGUUGAUAUAGUGUUUCCCUGUGCUGUGUUCUCAUUGGCUGACGGUGAUCUAGCUGUAGAUAAAGUGAUUCAGCUAUUGAUUUGGGGGGCCGCCAUGUGACUUUACAGAGAUACACUGAGACUGAACUGGAACGAUGAGCCAGAGGGUUGAAUCCCUCAGAAAUAGAGAUGAGAUCCCCCUGAGACGCCGCCCUGCCCCUCAGACACGGGAGAGAUCCAGAGAAAGAGAGAAGGAGAAAAAUGAGGCAGAAAAGGCUGGAGGGAUGAGAACCAGAUUAUCAACUGGUAGCAUACAUAUGAAUGGCACAACAACCAUUGCUGUUGCCAAGGAAAUUGAAAAUAACCAGAAGUUGCAAGGGAAAUCAUCCAAGGACACUACAGAAUCCCCGUUGAAGAGGAAGAAGACGUCCACCAGUGAGGAAAGAACCAGUGGAGUCGAUGUCAGUAAUGUUGGAUCCAACCCACCUCCCAAAAAACGCAAGAUAGGAAGGAAUGACGGCUCAGGGGAGGACAACCGUAAUGACUACUUUUGCUGGUUGUGUCAUAAAGAAGGAACCGUGAUUUGUUGUGAACUGUGUCCCAGAGUGUACCAUACCAAGUGUCUGGAGGUCAGCGGGGACCUUCCCAAGGACUGGGUGUGUCCAGAGUGUGAGAAAAUAAUGCGAGCAGAGUGUGUGGAUACAAGGUCAAAGGCCAUGUCCAUGAUUACCGUGGAUACGCUGUGUACGCUCCUCAAGUACGCCCUAGAGAGGAUGAAACAUCAAGGGAGUGACCCCUUCACCACCCCAGUGGACCUUCAAGCAGUCCCAUACUACACGGACUAUAUUUUCAAUCCCAUGGACCUGACCCAGUUGGAAAAAAAUAUUAAGAGGAAGAUGUACGGAUGCACUGAGGCCUUACUAGCAGAUGCCAAGUGGGUCCUGCACAACUGUAUCAUUUUCAAUGGAUCGGCCCAUAAAUUAACUGCCAGUGCCAAAAUGAUCAUCAAAAUUUGUAAACAUGAGAUGAAUGAGAUUGAGUUGUGCCCGGACUGUUAUCUGAACUCCUGUAUACGUAAAAAUGAUGAGUGGUUCAGCGAAACCUGUAGAACUCCGCACACCUUAGUAUGGGCCAAGCUGAAAGGUUACCCAUUCUGGCCAGCCAAAGUUAUGAGAUAUGAGACAACUAAUGCUUUAAGAGAAGUGGAUGGACAGGUUGAUGUCAGAUUCUUUGGAGCACAUGACAGAUCCUGGGUUCCAACCUCUCAGGUUUUUAUGCUAUCCAAAGAUAUUCCCACCCCCGCGAAAAACAAAAAAGGUGGAUUUGAGUACGCCAUGGAGGAAACGGAUCUUCAUAUUAAGAAAAUCAGAGAGAAGUUUGGUCGAUUUGACUAUGCUCCAUUCAGAACACCAUAUGACAAAAACCAUAUAUACUUCCACAACAAGAUGAAGAUUCCAGCGAAAACUGUUGUCAAAAAGUCCUCCAAAUCUGUUUUCUCAGCCGCCUCAAACAAAUCUGCUUCUCCAAUAAAAAUGGUGAUCAGUCGCCAAAUGUCGGACAGUAAAGGAAAUGACAAGCAGUCGUUGGUGAUGAAACGUGCCUCGGCCGUCAGGAACAAGUACAGCAGUAUUAUCACAACUCGACGGGGAAUCAUCGAACCUACACUGGUAGCAAAGGCCGAUGUACCACCAGGUGUCUUUUCUGUUAGUUCACCAGAACUUAGAAAUAGUGAGAUUAAAUCAGAAAAUACUGCAAAUAUUACAACAGCUAAACCCAUCGGAGUAAACCGCAAGAGUGAUAUUGUGGAUAAGAUUCAGAGUAAGAUUGAAGCCAUGAGUGAAGGUGAUGAGGAAGAAUCUAAAGAGGAACCUGAGCUCAGCUCUGUCACUGAUCCCUCCACCGUUAAAAAUAGUGCUAGUGGUAGUAAGGAAGGUGAUAUUGGGGACAGGACUCGAAGUGAUGUUCAGAAGAUGGAGGAGGAGAGUGAAAUAAGUGAAACUGAACAUGACUCUAUUCUUGAUCCAUCUACUGGACAAAUUAUAUGUAGUGCUGAAUCUCAAGACAUGGACGUGAAGAAUCAGAAAGACGAUAAAGAUUUUGUCGAAAAAAAGACUCCUGAAGGAAAUCAAGAGGAGGACUCAAAAAAUGUGAAAGAAGAGGAAGGAAGUCCAUUUUCUAAGUCCAAAGUUUCAGAUGCUUCUCCAUCAAAGAAAGAAUAUCUGGCAAAACUUCAGAAAACAAUUCAGACUUGUAAAGACAAACUGGGGAUUUCUGGGGACAGUCUGGAGGAACAAGAUGAAGAACAUUCCUCCCAGGAGGAAAGUGAGGAGGAGGAGGAGGAAGUGGAGGAAAAGAAUAAAGAAGUGGAUACAGAGGAGGAUUCCCAAGAGUUGUCAGAGGAAAGCAAGUCAUCAGACGAGAGCAAGGCAUUAGAGGAAAGCAAGUCCUCAGAGGACAUCAUGUUAUUAGAUGAAAACAAGCCAUUAGAUGAAAACAAAUCAUUGGAGGAAAGCAAGUCAUUAGAUGAGAGCAAGUCAUCAGAGGACAUCAAGUCAUCAGAUGAGAGCAAGCUAUUAGAGGACAGCAAGUCAUCAGAUGAGAGCAAGUCAUUAGAUGAGAGCAAGUCAUCAGAUGAGGGCAAACUUUUAGAGGAUAGCAAGUCAUCAGAUGAGAGCAAGUCAUUAGAUGAGAGCAAGUCAUCAGAUGAGAACAAGUCAUUAGAUGAGAGCAAGUCCUCAGAGGAGAGCACAGACCAGGAACAUGUUUGUAGCAGCAGCACUGAUGUAAGUACAAACAACAAGAAAAGGGAGAAAAACAUAUUUGAGUUGAUGGAAACUGAAUCAGUCCCUGAAAGUGAGUGUGACAAAACCACAACAACCAAAGUUAGUGAAGAUCAUAGAACUACAACAACUAAAGUUAGUGAAAAUGACAAAACCACAACUGAGAAUACUAUUGAUAAUCAAUCUUUAGCCAAAGUGGCAGACACAACCAACAGUGCUGAAAGGGAAGUAUUGGAGGGAGCGAUGGAAAACAAGGGUGAACAAACCACAGAAACGGUGAGAGGUAAUGUGUUGGAGGAAGACUUGAUAAACAUUCCCGACACAACAGAGAUGGAGGCUGAAGAUACUGACACGCCACUGCAAAUGGAAGUGGAGAGCGAGGAACCUGAAAAAGAGGUGGAGAAAUCUACAGAGAAUGUGGGAAAGGAAGAGGGUCAAAAGGGUGUGACCUCAACAAAGGUCACACUCUCCAAAUCGUCAGAGGGAGGAGUGUCACCAAAGGGGAAGGACCGAUCUGGCAUUGUGUACCGACAGACAAACAAAAAACCUGUCCAGCCGCCAAUCAUUCUUCCCAAGCCCGCCCCCUCCAUUGUCAGCUUGUCUUCCGAGUUCUUCCAGACAGCUGUGGAGAAAUCCCUCCAUCCUUCCCCAUCCAAAGUGCCAAAUCAAAACCCUACCAUUGCAGUCCAGGCUAAAACUGCCAAGGUCAUAGAGAGCGCCAGUAGGACUCCAGAGCAGGCAAAAGCCUCGGUGGAAGAGCCUCAGGCCCCAGGGCCAGCCCUGCCUCCACCGACCACAGUCCACAAAGAGCUGCCGCAAUAUGCCCAGGAUCUUGUCAAGUCGUACUCAGAAAAGAUGCUGACCAAUAUGAAGUUGUCUCUGGAGGAAAUAUGUUCUGAUAUUAUAUCCAAGGCUGACCACCCAAAGCCUCCAGAAAUGGUCAACAUGGAAAGAGAGCUUGCUCGCAUUGACUGGGAACAGAAACAACAGAUAGCUGAACUCAAGCAUAAUUUCCAAUUGACUGUGGCCGAGAUGAAGACCCUGUGGGAAGCGGAAAAACAGCGAAUCAUAGUGGACAUGAAGGCAGCUCACACCAAAGAUCUCGAGAAGUCCAUCUCAGAAACCAAGAAAAAACAGUGGUGUGCGAACUGCGGUAAGGAGGCGAUAUUCUACUGCUGCUGGAAUACCAGUUAUUGUGAUUACCCCUGUCAACAGAUUCACUGGCCCACCCACAUGCCGGUCUGUAUGCAGACCCAGAAUAACACCAACGACACAACUACCACUGAAGGAAACAACCAAUCCAACAGCUCAGGCAGGUCCAGCACCCAUAGCAACCAGGGAGACAGACAGCCUCAGUCCUCCGGAAUGACUGGGGGUCAGCCGUAUAGCAACCAGGGAGACAGACCGCCUCAGUCCUCCGGUAUCACUGGGGGUCAGUCGUCAUCAAAUCCAAUGGAAAUUGAGAGCGAUGAUUUUAGAAGAGCUACAAGGGAAAAUUUGACAAGCAUUCUUCAACAGCAACAACAGAGAAUGCAGAAUCCCCCAACCCAGCCAAUGGCAAACAUCCAGUAUAUGUCAGGGGGCGGAGCUAAUUCGAUGGCCCCACCCAACAUCCCACCUCAGUAUUUACAACAACAGAGAAUGAUGAUUGAUGAGGCAGGACGUAAGAAGCCUAACUAUUACUGGACGGACACAACAAUGGAUCAGGCUGUGUCCGCAGUAUUAAAGGACGGAAUGUCCGUCAACAAGGCCUCCAAGAUCUUCAACGUCCCACGCAAAAUUCUCACGGAGAGGGUAGGAGGCCGGAUGCCCCUACCACAGUCUGUGACAGGGAACCAGCCUCUGACCACCCCACCUGUUCAGUUCCAGUAUGUGGGACCACCACAGUCCAUAGUUCAACCACCCUCAAGUGUUCAACCCCUCAACCCCACUCAACAGGCUAUGAGAAUUCCAGGACCUCAGACACAGGUAACACCACAAACAAUCAUGGCUCCUGGACAUCAAAUCAUGCCUUCUGGAGGGUCAAUCCUCUACCCCAUUCAGAUCUCACAACCCGGCUCCUCCUCUCUGAUGACCGGAGGGCCAGUGGUCAUCUCCCAAAACAGUCCUCAAAUCCCCCCACCUGGAUCUAUGAUUGUCUCGCACACGGGGCAACAUGCCCCACAAAGACCUCCUAUGGUGGUCUCUCAACCCAACCAGCACCCACAAACCAUGACAAACAAUUUGGCAUAUCAUGGCCGAUUUUAGUAGCUGACUUUACAGCCGAUUGUUUUGACGAUGUUUCAUUCUACAUUGGAUUCUCAUUUUCUGUCUAAACGCGUGGCUAAUGAAGUCCCUUUAGAAGUGGUCCUCAAACUUUAACCAUCAUUGAAGAUGCGGCAUUGUCUGAAUUUUACACUUUGUCCAUUGAGGGUACAAAUUGUACAUGUAUUAAUUUUUGUUAAAGAAACAUAAUUUGAAUGUUACUUAAUAUGACCAGUACAACCUGUCACAAAGAACUGCAUGUCAUUUGUAUUACAAUUGUUAGAUAUUGUUUUAAUAAAGUUAUGUCCAAGAACCAUUUCUGUGAUCAGUGGUCCUCAGGAACUACAGAU